AUGUUAGCAGUUCCGUUGCUCCUCAAUUCUUUGUUUGUCCUUCAAAGUAUGGAUGGCUACCACCCAGAUCGUAGUUGGGUAUAUGAUAGACUUUAUGUUCAACGAGGGGGGUUGAAACCAACAUUUACAAAAGGUGUUGAAGAGUUUAUAACAAAGGCAAUAAGUCGUAAUCAGUUUCUAGAAGAUGGUGGCAUCAGAUGUCCUUGUCACUAUUGUAUGUGUAGCGGUGUAUUGUCUGUAAGUGAAGUCAAACUUCACUUGUAUAGGUUUGGGUUCCAACCAAAUUAUUGGUAUUGGACUCAGCAUGGUGAAGAAGCUCCACAUAUUGACCCAGAAAAUGUUCCAAGUAGUAGUGGAUAUAUUGAUAACGACGAUCCAACUUAUGAUGCAUUUGGUCCAACUUAUGACUUCCAAAAUAUGGGUGAUGAGGGCAACGAGGAAGAGAUUAAUGAAGAGCCUCCAAAUGAGGAUGCUCAAGACUUUUAUGAUUUGUUAACUGCUGCAAACAAACCCUUAUAUGAGGGGGCUUCUGAUUCAAAACUUUCAAUAUGCGCAAACAAACCCUUAUAUGAGGGGGCUUCUGAUUCAAAACUUUCAAUAUGCGUGAAACUUUUAGCUUGCAAAUCAAAUUGGAAUGUUCCGCAGAAAUGUCUUGAUUUCUUUGCAACCAUGCUUGUAGAUGUGUGUCCUUUUAAGGAUUCACUUCCAAAAAAAUUUUACCAAGCGAAAAAACUGGUGACAAUUCUAGGAUUGAAGUCUGAGAAAAUUGAUUGUUGUGUUAAAGGGUGCAUGUUGUACUACAAAGAGAAUAGUGCAGAUAUAGAGUGUAGGUUUUGUCAUGAACCCCGAUAUGUUCCUCGUAAGCCUGGGAUAGGUAACCACAAAGACAUUCCAGUUAAGAGGAUGUUCUAUAUGCCAAUCACUCAUAGGUUAAAAAGAUUGUAUGCAUCAACGGAAACUGCUGCCCAAAUGAGAUGGCAUCAACAUAAUAGAUCAAGUUCAGGCAUUUUACGUCAUCCAUCUGAUGGGGAAGCUUGGAAUCAUUUUGAUGCAAGGUAUCCAGACUUCGCAAAUGAACCAAGAAAUGUAAGGCUUGGGUUAUGUUCUGAUGGCUUCACGCCAUACAUUCAGGCAUCUUCACCCCCAUAUUCUUGUUGGCCUGUUGUUGUGACCCCGUAUAAUCUCCCGCCCGAAAUGUGCAUGACUAAACCAUUCAUGUUUUUGAAUUGUCUCAUACCUGGACCAUCUAACCCAAAAGCAAACAUUGAUGUGUAUUUACAACCAUUAAUAGACGAGCUUCAACAAUUGUGGAGUGAAGGGGCUUUGACUUAUGAUAUUUCCAUGAAACAAAACUUUGUAAUGAGGGCAACCUUAAUGUGGACAAUUAACGAUUUUCCUGCUUAUGGCAUGUUAUCUGGAUGGAGUACCCAAGGUAAGUUGGCAUGUCCGGUGUGUAUGGAUGGAAAUAAGGCUUUUACUUUAAAAUACGGUGGAAAAAAGUCAUGGUUUGAUUGUCACCGUCGUUUCUUACCUCAUAAUCAUGCAUUUAGAAGAAGUAAAAAAGGGUUCACUAAAAAUAGGGUUGUGAAGGAUGAACCUCCUCCAAUAUUGAAUGGUGAAGAAGUUUGGGGUUUGGUUCACAAUAUUCCACGAGUGAUAGAUAAUGCACAUACUAAAUUGUCUGGAUAUGGAGUUAGCCAUAAUUGGACUAAACGAAGCAUAUUUUGGGAUCUUCCAUACUGGAAAGAUAAUUUAUUAAGGCAUAAUUUAGAUGUCAUGCACAUAGAAAAAAACUUCUUUGAUAAUGUGUUUAACACUGUCAUGAAUGUUAAGAACAAGACUAAGGACAAUGAAAAAGCACGAAUGGACUUGGCCAUCAUUUGCCAACGUAGCGACCUGGAGUUGGUUCCACAUAACAAUGGAAAAAUGAAAAAACCUAAGGCAAAUUAUUGUCUUACGUCUAGUGAGGCAAAGAAAGUUUGUAAAUGGAUAAAGGAGCUUAAGAUGCCAGAUGGGUAUGCUUCUAACUUGGCAAGAUGUGCAAAUGUUAAUAGAGGACAAAUGAAUGGGAUGAAAAGCCACGAUUGUCAUGUAUUUAUGGAGUGUUUGCUUCCAUUUGCAUUUAGUUCAUUGCCUGACCAUGUGUGGAAACCAUUAACAGAAUUAAGUCAAUUCUUUAAGGGCUUGUGCAGCAAUACCUUAAGACAUGAUGAAUUGGUCAAAUUGGGUGAAAAUAUUCCAUUCAUCAUAUGCAAACUUGAAAGAAUCUUUCCACCAGGAUUCUUUGAUUCAAUGGAGCAUCUUCCAAUUCACCUCCCGUAUGAGGCAAAACGUGGUGGUCCAGUUCAAUAUCGAUGGAUGUAUCCAUUUGAAAGAAUGAUGGGUGAUUUUAAGCGCACAGUGAAAAACAAGGCUAGAGUGGAAGGCUCAAUAUGUAUGUCAUACUUACAUCGAGAGACAACAUAUUUUUGUUCCCACUAUUUCAAAACAAUCUCUUUGUUUAAUAGAAGCCAACGUAAUGAAGGUGCAAAAUUAAAUGAUGUUGUCACAACAACACUGUCAAUUAGCAAUCAAUUAGGACGUCCUAGUGGGAAGGCCCAAACACAUUGGUUGAGUGAUGCUGAAAGAAGGUCUGCUCAUGUACACAUCCUCAUCAAUUGCAACGAGGUCAAGCCAUAUAUUGACGCCUUUUUGCACUCUAAUUCCAUUCUUGAAGAAGAUCCUAUAUCUCAAACUCGUAUACAUGGAGAAUUCCCAGAAUGGUUUCGUGCGUAUGCCAUUGACAAGGAAAAUGGCGUGACUGACCCUAACUUGUUAUCAUUAGCUUGGGGUCCUAACUCAAUGGUUAAAACUUGGCACAAGUAUUACAUUAAUGGGUACAAAUUUCACACAAAAGCUUGGUCUCAGGGUAAGAAAACCAUAAAUAGUGGAGUUUAUGUGAAAGGGGUUACUGGAGGAGGGGAAGAUGAUUUCUAUGGAGUCAUCCAACAUAUCUUCGAGUUGGAGUAUUACAAAUUGCCUCACAAAGUAGCCUUGUUUUAUUGCCAAUGGUUUGAUCCUAGACGGAACAGAGGAACCAAAGUUCAUCCACAAUAUGAUAUUGUAGAUAUCAAGAUGAAUCGAAAAUAA